CUUGGUACGUCGACGCGUGGGGCAACUUACAUGUAAUCAUCAAGGUGGGAUGUGCAUGGAGUGAAGACGGAGGACUGGAGCAGAGAAGAGGGCAGCAACUCAACGACGGUGUCUCGAAGGCAGAGUAGGUCGAUCCGGAGAUAUCAAGAAUGUUGUUUGAGUCUAACACACAUCUUUCUAGGGCAGUCAGAGGAUCCCCUUUCCAUACCUUUAUCCAGGACGCAAUAGCCAAAGGUCGAUCCAUCAAUUACCAUUGGUCAACGUUGGCCAUUGGUGACUCGUUCACGCGUCGAUUCAACCACGAUGAGUAUCUCCCAGCCAGAUUCUACCAGGUCGAAGCCAUGCUGGCAGCCGCCUUUGGUUCGUCGAUCUCGACCAUGGACAACCCCAAGUACCUCGCCCUCAAUGGGUGGCCCUAUGUCGAUCCCAACAGCAAGCUUCAAUGGACUGGCGCGGAUAGCCAUUGUGCGCUUCAGGAUAUCUGGCCCAAUCCACCCACCGGAGAGUCGAUAAAGGACACACUGCACUGUCCUAUCGACGGCUGCUACAAGAAUAAACCUGGAGAGUUGAUGUUCUAUCAGAGAUGCCAUUACGACGAUCAUAUGGCUGCACACAAGAACGGAACCGUCAAGAAAAUGUCGUUCGCCAAGUGCUUCGACCCUCGUUGUCUCUACGAAGAAUUCCCUUACGAGUUAAACAAGCAUCAAAGACAGCACAUCGACGGAAGAUUCGCAUGUAGCGCCUGCAACCUUCAGUUCACGUGGAGUCACGAUUGUGAGAAGCAUGUGCAAGUGUGCCUGGUUGAGGACGCCAUCGACGUGCACAAGGCUGCUGUGGAGUCGAUCAAGAUCGCCAAGACGCUUGUUUGUGGAGACUCUCGCUGUGGUCAGGAGUACGAGGGUUUUCCGUCCAACGUCGAUGUCAUGAAGAAGCACCGUGAGUCGCAUACCACUGGAAAGCACGUUUGCUCUGAUUGCGGUCUGAGGAUGAUCAAUGGCGCAUCCAAAGUCCAUGCCACCAGAGACUGCCCAGGUCGAUCGACCUCCGCUCCGGUUCAGCCAUCGACGGAUCUCGUCUGCAGUGAUGCGCGCUGCGGGAUGCGUUACGACGGCACCAACAAGCAGCAAAUCAACCACUACAACAAGCACGUGCAAAGCCAUAUCGACGGCGCGUUCACCUGCGACUGCGGUCUGAUCUUGAAAAAUGUGAGGCUUAGAGCCGAACACAAGCGCGGUGCUUGUCCUGGAAAGCGUUUGGCCCCGAUGAAGAAGGACCACAGAAGAGUGUAGGCAAUACAAGAUCGACCCAGGGUAUGAAUUAUGAUGGUAUGAUUUGGAGGUGUAACUAUGGCUUUUGCGUCGAUGAUAUGGUUGAUUGUGGACCGUUUGUGUGUCGAUA